AUGUCGACCGAAACUCAAACCAUUUCUGCUCAAGAGAAACCGGCCCAGGUGGCUCCGACCAAGUCCAAAUCCGUCUUCGACGGCGCAAAAGAGUCCAUCUCGGGAGAGGAGGCCAGAAUCGCCUACCGCGGCCCUCCCCUCCCCAACGUCCCCGAGGACGUCGUCGUGCCCGGCGUCUUCGACCUCGAGUGCGACGAGCGGCUCUGGGUCCCUCAGGCGCCUGACGUCUGGUUUCGUCCCUUGCUCCUCUCCGUGUCUCAGGGCUAUUUCGUUAAUAUCCUGCGCGUUCGCAAGUCUGGGAUCCUCUCGCGGCACCGACACGCAGGGCCUGUCCAUGCCACUGUAUUAAAGGGUCGCUGGCACUACUUGGAGCACCCUUGGUGGGCGACUGAGGGUGGCUAUGCCUUUGAGCCACCAGGUGAUAUUCAUACGUUGGAGGUUCCGGAUGAUGUGAAGGAGAUGGUGACAAUGUUUCAUGUCACGGGGGCGUAUAUCUAUGUUGAUCCCGAUGGAAACCCAGUCGAUGUGGAGGAUGUCUAUAGCAAACUGUCCAAGGCCCGAAAGCAUUACGAAGAGGUUGGGCUUGGGGCGGAUUUUGUCAACCAGUUUGUACGGUAG